GAACAAAACAUGACUGCUUCAUCCAUGGCUCACAACGUGGAGAAACACCACAGUGCCAAGGAGGAGAGAAAGCUGAGGAAGCCGCUGAUCGAGAGGAAAAGACGAGAGAGGAUAAACAAUUGUUUGGAUCAGCUGAAAGAAACGGUGAUCGGAGCGUUCAGACUGGACCAAUCCAAGCUGGAGAAGGCAGAUAUCCUGGAGAUGACGGUGAAACAUCUGCAGAACAUCCAAAACAAUAAACUCAACGACCCAACAUUGAACCUGGAGGCCCAGCAGAGAUACAGCACAGGGUACAUCCAGUGCAUGCACGAGGUGCACAACAUGCUCCUCACCUGUGACUGGAUGGACAAAACCCUGGGCUCCAGACUCCUCAACCACCUCCUCAAGUCCCUGCCCCGGUCCAAGGAGGAGCGGCCCGUCUCCCACCCCCCGACACCCCGCCGUGAAGCCCAGGGAACCCCCCAGAGAGGACACCCUCUGCAGCUCCAGAGAGAGGCGCCCACCCGCCAUGCCCCCGAGCGUCAGGAAAGGCCCACGAUCCACAGCUCCCACCUGGGGAUGCUGGAGAUGUGGAGGCCGUGGUGAACUGGUAGAUUCAUGAGCUCGAUUGUCCAUUUUGUUAGACCAUCCUCUGUUAUGUAUCUUAUAGAUAUGGUGCUCAGAAGACAAACAUGUGGGGCGGUUUUGUUCCAGUAAUUAUUGUAGGUGUGCUAUAAUGAUUCUAUACAGACCUUUUCUCAGUACUUCCCUUCAGAAGUCGACUUCUCGUAGCCUGCAUUAUAGAAGGCUCCUAUUAAUCUUUCAUGUAUUUAUUGUAUUAACAGCUUUAUUUAUUUAAUAUCAUAAGGCAUGACUGUGCUUCUUAGA